AUGUUACCCUCUCAGGAAAAUUGCUUCCUCAAUGUACCGCAGGAUUUUUUGAUUUGCACCACCAUUCAUAAGGCCAGACAGUUGGGCAUCUUUCAAAGUGAAAUCUAUGUGCGUGUGUCAUUGAACAAAACAACACGCCACACCAAGGUUUUUGCCAAUUCGGAAAAUCCCUAUUUCAAUGAGUAUUUUGUCUUUGAGCUGAAAUGUACUUUGGUGGAACUGUUGCGUUUGACCAUCCGCUAUGAGGUCAAAAGACGAACGCCAUGCCGCAAAGAUACCACCCUGGGAGAACUACUGGUCGACAUGCAAAGUGUUUGGCAUCAGGGCAAUCGCUGUUACUUUAAGAAGUGGGGACGCUUGGAGGCUGCCAUUGAGGGUGAGGGUUCCCAAAGAGAGGGAAAGAGUGAAAAUCACGGCGAUGGUCCCCGGGGUUAUUUGCAAAUUGAUUUGGCCAUUGUUUCUCAGGCAACGAAUCCUCAGACGUUGUUAAGGCCAGGUGAAGAGGAUGGGGAGGAUAUGCAGAGCGUAACCACAAAUGUGUGGCAAAUUAAUCAGGAUUAUGAUAAUAUUGAAAAAAAUUUAUUGGAUAAUGUGGAGGCGGAGGUGCGUUGCAAUAUUCUCUAUAGUGUGAUAUUUUAUCGUGGCAUUAUGGCCAAGAAAUCGGAUUAUUUUUUGCAAUUUAGAUUCCAUCCCUUUAAAGGCAAAACUUCGCUUGCCAAAAAUACCCAAUAUCCUGUAUGGAAUCAGGAAGCCCAUUUUGCCUGGAUAUAUCCAUCACUAUCCCAAACUUUACUGCUGCAGUUAAUGGCCCAGGAGCAGCUGCAAUGGAAAUGCCUGGCCGAAUACGAAAUUCAUUUUCAGGACAUAGCCUUCAAAGAUAAACCCUUUUUGGGCCCCUGUUUUAUACAUUUCUAUGACAGUCUUAUUCCGACCAAAUAUAUUGGACGUCUAUUAUUUGAGAUUCGUUCUGAAUGUUUGGAAUCUCCACCAAUCACAAGGAAUUUAAAUAUUAAAUCCAUACCUCCAUUGGAUGAAUCCCGCCAUUGGCAAGAGGAAUCGUUUCUGGUGGAGUUUUUGCUACUGCAAGGAGAAUUUAUGCAUGGCAAUGUCAGUAAUUGUAAAAUUCAAAUGAAGAUGGCGGAAGCCUCUUCAAAUUCCGUGGAAUGUUUCCUCAAGCCAUAUCCCGCCAAGAAAGGUCCAAAAAUUGCCAAACCUUUGAAAUAUUUCCAACAAGAGUCACCCUAUAAGACCAUAACGAUGCGUCUGCAAUUACCUGAUUAUCGUCAUAAGGAUAAAAGUGCCAAAUUUUUUCAAGAACUUAAGGAUAUCAUCCAGCAGGAAUUGGACAAAUUUCAUCAAUUCCAAGUUCUCUAUGGCGAACAUCGUCAGGCUCAAUUAAAGAUACUAAGAUAUAUUUGCACAAGGCUAUUAUAUUUUAUAAAGACUUCUGUGGACUCACAUAGACUGGAAUAUCGAGGUCCCAAGGAACCCACACAGUGGGAUGUCAGAUGUUUAUCUUAUAUGCAGGAUUAUCUGCUAAAAUUUUCCGAAGAUUUACGAAAUUUACGCUCAACUCUUAAACCGGCUGAUGACAAGGUCAUGGAACAGUCUAUAGAAAAAGUGCUGCAGGACCUUUCAAAAUACAUUAUCGAUCUUCAAAAUCUACUGUCUGUAACUUGUCUACAAGAUAAAUGGCCAGAUUUAGUUUUGAUACUCCAUGCCGGUAAUAAAGAGUGCGGAUUUUGCCGCCUUAAUCCCAAAUCCUUUAUUUUUGCCGAAUCACAAUGGGAGGAGGAAGGAUCAUGGAAUCAAUGUUGGAAAGUUCGAAAUUUUGUCUUCAAGGACUCACAUUGCCACCACACCUGCCGGCAAUGUGGCUGCAUUGCUGGCAUUCUCCUUGGCUGCCUGAGCAUAACCACUGAACGGGAGCAUUCCCUAUUGUUGAAUAAAAUCAAACAGGAGUGGUCAAACCCUGAGCCAUUUUAUUAUCGUCCUUUGAAGGCCUUUACCCGCUACAACUGUCGUAUAUUCAUACAUCAAGCCAAGAUUCGACCAGGAUCAGAUCGUAAUGGCCUCUGUGAUCCCUAUGUACGGAUAAUGUUUGGUCCACAUGCAGCCGAGACACCAAUACUCUUUACCACCCUCUCACCCAUAUGGAAUGCGGUCAUAACACUGAACAAUGUGACCUUGCCAGGACCGAUCGAGUGGUAUGGUAACACCAAUUCUCCUCUCCUUGCCAUCGAAUUAUAUGAUACGGAUCGUAGAACUGCCGAUGAUUAUUUGGGUUGUGGGAUACUCCCUGUGACAGUUAUAGCUGCGGAGAGGCACCAAGAUUUGGAAAAUAAAAUGGAUGGUCAUAAACAUGCCUUGGAAAAAUACAUGGCCUUACAGAAUCUAUCUCCACCUCCGCUACGAUGGUUGCCAAUAUCCUUGAAUGGUACCAUUAGGGCAGAGAUUUUAAUUUCAGCUGAGCUGGUGGAGGCAGCAAAUGAAGAAGAUGCGGAUUCGUUGGAGCUGGCCUUGGUUACAGUGGGCAUACCGGCGGCCAUUAGACCAACUAUGAAAAAUUAUGUCCUCGAAGUCAUAUUUGCCGGUUUACGAAAUUACACGAAGACAAGUGUCUUCUCGGGGAGGCAUCGGGUCAAGUUAAUGAUGGCUGAUCUGUUGCUGGUCAGUGGCUUAUCCACAGCCAGACUGGGGAAUAGCUUCAAUUUCUUAAUUUCCUAUGCCUCGGGAGUUGUGAGCCUGCCCGAACAAUUAGAAUAUUGGCCGGCAAUUAUUGCCACAGAUGUGGUGAUUUCUGCCAAAGAACAGGAAACCACUGUGGGGGCAGUUCUAAUAUCGAAUGCCAAGCGUUAUUUGGAACUACACAAGGAUAUCAAGUGUGUUCCUCGAGAAGAUGAUGACGAACUGUCAAAUGCGGAAACAAACACCACAUUACACCUGACCACAGAUGUGGAAUCAGAAUCGAUGCCACUUUUAAAGAAAUCUCCCAAAAAAUCCCCAUGGAGAGGUAUAUUCCAUAAAAAAUCUCCCCAGAAAAUAACUGGAGAACCUCAGAAUCUCGAGGAUGAAAGGCAGUUCAAUUGGUGGACUAAAUUUUAUAAUUCCAUAAAUGUUGAAGAAUCCUGUAGCGCCGUAUCUCGUUUCAAACACCGUCUGUGUAUCUAUCCGAAUGAGUUGGAAAAACAAUCGGAAUUUAGUUAUCUCAGAGAUUGGUCGGAAACCUUUCAAUUGGUACAUGGUGUGAGAAGUAACAAUAAUCCCCUGACCAAGGAAGAAAUUUAUGCCACCUUGAAAAUGAAAAUCAAAGUGACAGCAUGUCAGUGUCGGGGAGGUGGAAUGGAAAGGUUGGAAGGUUAUUUACUGAAACCCUUAGCCACUGCCUUGAAUCCCCGCUAUCAGAUGCAAUUGCAGUCGCUAGCGGAUUUGGUAAAGGUUGUCGUUCGGGUAUAUGUUGUACAAGGUUUACAGUUGCGUCCCGGAGAAAAACAUGCCCAGGCUGAUGCCUAUGUUCGGGUUCAAUGGGGCCGUACACAAAUUUCCAAUCGUGCCGAAUUUGUGCCAAACGAAAGUAAUCCGAUAUUUGGAAAAUGUUUUCAAUUGGAGGGUCUAUUGCCAAGGGAACAUAUAUUGGAUGUGUCGAUAUUCAAUCGCCACAGUUUACGCGAUGAACCCAUUGGCUCUACCUCCAUUGAUUUGGAAGACAGAUGGCGUAGCAGGCAUCGAGCCACAGUGGGCAUUGCCAAUGAAUUUUCAAGUAUUGGCUAUAAUAAAUGGAGAGAUUCCCAGACUCCCAGGGAAAUCCUAGAGGACCUUUGUAAGAAAAAUGACAUAAAAUUACCCCGCUAUAAGGACAAUAGAAUAGAAGUUGAUGGUGUGUCCUUUGAGGAUGAAACCAUUUUAGCCUUAGAUGAAGAUCCUCGCGAACGUUUGGCUUUGACGGCAUUGAAAAAUCUCCAAACCCUACCAUCAUUUGGUUACAAAUUAAUACCCGAACACGUGGAGACACGUUCCUUAUAUCGCAGUGAAUGUCCUGGAAUUGAACAGGGUAAAAUCCAAUUGUGGCUGGAAUUGUUCGAUGGCAAUCUGAAUUUACCACCGGUCAUCGAUAUUACACCUCAGCCACCGGAGCUAUUUGAAUUACGCCUCGUUAUUUUCAGUGUCAGCGAUGUGGUGCUGGAUGAACGAAAUAUUUUCGGCAAUGCCAUGAGUGAUAUCUAUGUCAAGGGUUGGUGUUCUAAUCCUGAUCAGGCCCAGACCACAGAUAUCCAUUACCGUUCGCUGAAUGGUGAGGGUAAAUUUAAUUGGCGCAUGAUAUUUCCCUUGAAAUACUCCAGCAUUGAGGAUAGGAUGCUGGUCAAACGCAAAACCGGUCUCAUGGAGGAAUACCACAGCAAACAACCACCCAAACUCUAUCUGCAAAUCUGGGACGAUGAUAUUAUCUCACAGGAUGAUUUUCUUGGCUCCCUGGAAAUAAAUCUGUCGAAUUUUCCUCAACCUUUUGAGACGGCCAAGAAAUGUCAAUUAAUCACAGAGGAAAAUCGGAUUGACAUCACUCAGCGGGGAGCCAAAGCGUGUGCAGCUGGGGGAGUGAAAUUUGUGAAUCUUUUUCGUGAAAAGAAAAUUCGUGGCUGGUUUCCUGUACGAGGAAAUAUUCCCGACAUGGGCAAUAAAUUGGGUAUGGCGGGGAAAAUUGAAAUGGAAUUGGAACUAUUGACGGAGAAGGAGGCAGCCCUGUAUCCAGCGGGAUUGGGUAGGAAUCCACCAAAUGCUUUGCCAGAACCAAGACGUCCUCCAACCUCCUUCAAUCCCCUAACAAAUCCCUGGAAAGGUUUGAAACGUAUAAUCGCACCGAAUUUUCUGAAAUAUUUUCUAAUUCUUGGAUUAUUGGCCCUGUUGGGAUUUUUAAUAUUUUUAUUUGUUAUGAAUUUACCGUUGCUAUUGGAACAAUGGACAUAUUGA